AUGUGGCGGUUGUUAUCAAUAAUUUUAGUAUUUUCUUUUAUUGACGGCACAAUACUUCGAUUAUCACAAGUAAAUGCCUCAUUAUCUUCUUCCCACCAAUCUAAAGUUCCAGUGGAUGUUGAACUCCAAGCUGGCCUUUUACGAGGAUUUGAAUCUAUUUUUCUACACAAACGUGUUCGCUCUUUCUUGGGUGUUCCAUUUGCUGAGCCCCCAAUUGGAGAAUUGAGAUUUUUGCCUCCUCGACUAAAAAAGCCUUGGAAUGAAACCAUUGAAGCAACAACACUCGCCCCAGCAUGUUAUCAAGGAAGAGACACUUAUAACGAAUCAUUUUGGGGUUCUGAAAUGUGGAAUGCAAACACUCCAGUCAGUGAAGAUUGUCUUUACAUGAAUAUUUGGGCACCAGCUGAGGCUAGUAAUCUGACAGUUUUGGUUUGGUUUUUUGGUGGAGGUUUUUGGUAUGGAAGUCCAUCUUUGCUUCUUUAUGAUGGAAAAGCUUUGGCAUUAACUGCAAAUGCUAUUGUUGUUAAUAUAAAUUAUAGACUGGGUGCUUUUGGUUAUUUGUAUUUGGGAGAUUCUGAAGUUCCUGGAAAUAUGGGAAUGCUAGAUCAGCAACUCGCACUUUAUUGGAUUAGAGAGAAUAUUGAAGCUUUUGGAGGAAAUCCAAAAUCAGUAACUAUUUUUGGAGAGAGUGCCGGUGCUUCUAGUAUAGUUGCUCAUUUAAUUGCACCAGGAUCGCGUGGACUCUUUCACAAUGGAAUUCUUCAAUCAGGUUCAUUAGACAACCGUUGGAGUAUGGAUACCCCUAAACGUGCCUUAGAAAAAAGCCGUGACUUGGCUAAACUUGUUGGAUGUAAUCGUACAAAUAUUCAUGAUAUGGCACGUUGUCUUCGAAGAGUACCUCCUGCCGAGUUUGUUGAUCAAUUGUGGAAUAUUCCAACUCUUGGAUUUCUUGAAUUUCCUCUUGUUAUUGUUUCAAAGGAUGCAAAUUUUUUUACUAAAGAAGAUGCAUUUAUUGCAUUGAGGAACAAAAAUUUCGUUCAGGAUGUUAAUUUAAUGAUUGGAAUAAACAGCGAUGAAGGUGCAUUUUGGAAUAUUUACAAUCUCCCAAAAUUUUUUGAUCACCAAACCCAACCUCUUAUGGGGAUUAAUGAAUUUAAUGAAUGUGUAAAUACAGCUUUUGCUCGUUUACCUGAGGUCAUUAGAGCUGCUGCAGCAUAUGUUUAUACAGGAAAUAAUCGUUGUGAUUAUGCAAAUGGACAGCAUCGUUUUCUUGCUGAUCAAGUUAAUCAAAUGGUUGGCGAUUAUUUCUUUACAUGUGAUUCUCUUUGGUUUGCAGAUCAGUUUGAUGAUUCACCUGGACAUGUUUAUAUUUAUUAUUUUGAUGAACCUUCAAGUGCUAAUCCUUGGCCAAAAUGGACAGGGGUAAUGCAUGGUUAUGAAAUUGAAUUUGUAUUUGGUAUUCCUUUAUAUAAUACAUCUGCUGGAUAUUCUAAUAGAGAAAGAACUUUAAGCAAGAAAAUGAUUCAACUUUGGACAUCUUUUGCCACAACUGGUGUUCCAUCAUUAUCUGAUCAUCGAGAAGAUCGACUACACUGGCCACAAUAUCACAGUCAAAAUGCCCCUAGAUGGAUGCAUUUAAAAGCGCCUAUGCAUGCAAAUAAACGUUCAGAAUGUCGAAUAUGGAGAGCAGCCAAAGACAUGGAAUAUAGCGAAUAUGUUAUGGACAAAUUUCUCGUUUCGUCAUUAAUUAAUUCAUCAACCUCGACAUUUUUAAUAAAUAGAAUUUUGGUGGUUAUUUUAUUUUCAAUUUCUGUUUAUUUAUUUUCCUUUAAAUAA